UCUCUCUCUCUCUGUUUCUUUCUAAAAAAAAAAAGAAUCAUGAGUAAUAUCGUAGGAGAAAAAAAAUCCAGUAUAAAUUCAGUUUUGAUAAACCCAUUUCUCUCUCUUUUUUUCCUUUUUUUUUAGAAAAAAAUUUCUUGUAUGUCCAGUCUGAAUAGCCUUCAUCUUUCUACUCAAAAUAUUAAACAAAAUGAUUUAAAUUGCUUGGAACAGUAUUAUCGCUAUUUAGUUGGCAUGCCUACCAAAGAUACCACACUUCAUGCUAUUCUUCAACAACCAGACUUGACUCAAUAUCAAAAGAUUUAUGUAGAUACACUUGUUGAUAUUACCACCCUUACUAUUCGCACUUCUUGGCCAAUGGAAGUAUCAACCACAAAAGAAGGACAGCCUGUUGUAAAUACUAAUGUAUUUAUACGUCAUUUAUUGAAACGAUCCAGAGCCACUCGUUCUACGCUUCAACUCGCUAUUUUCUACUUGUUUCGUAUUCGACCCCAUAUUGCAAAGCGCAGUCAAUUCGACCCCAUUGUCAAAUGUGGACGCCGCAUGUUCUUAGCUAGUUUGAUCUGUGCUCACAAGUAUUUGUACGACAAUACAUUCACAAAUGCUAGUUGGGCUAAAAUUAGCAAAUUGCCUGUAAAGGAGAUCAAUGGCGCAGAAAAAGCUUUGUUGGAAAUGCUUGAUUAUCGCUUGCAUGUCUCACAUGAACUCUAUCAAAAAUUCGAAUCCCAAUUAAGGGAAGCUGUUCCUAAUACGCCUGUACCUAUGCCCAAGAAGCGUGCCCUUGAACAAUAUCACCCUAUUGUUGUCAAGAAACAAAAGCAUACAUCCUACACUACUGUACACGGUAUUCCUACACCUGAGGAUGAUAAAGUAGAAAUAUUUUAAUACCCCCUUUUUUCCUUCCUUUGUAUAUUCUCUUCAUCUUUUCAAUGUAACAUAAUGCAUACAAUCUUUUUCUUUUCUUACAUAUAAUAAACUGCGGAUCUCAUCUAAGAAAGUUACACCUUUAAUUUUUAUAAAAAGAGGGGGAUUCACGAUUGGUCAAAAUGUUAAAUUUUUUUUAUUAU